AUGAACCAUGAACCCGUUCCCGGAGUUCCCCCUCUCCAACAAGAUGACUACAAGCUCAAAGACACAAGCCCACAAUUGGGUGAGCGAUUGGCAACCACAUAUGAUCUCGUGGAACAAACGUACCAUCUUUAUGUUCGUGUCGUGAAGGCCAAAGACCUUCCUGUUGGGUCAGAUCCGUAUGUCGAGGUCAAGCUCGGGAAUUAUCGAGGCCGAACAAGGCAUUUCGAGAAGAGACCAAACCCCGAAUGGAACCAAGUCUUUGCCUUCUCGAAAGACCGUGUUCAAUCAUCAACUUUAGAAGUUUAUGUAAAAGAUAAAGAGAUGUUCGGGCGAGACGAUUAUAUUGGAAAAGUGGUUUUCGAUUUGAACGAGAUUCCAACACGAGUGCCGCCGGACAGCCCGUUGGCUGCGCAGUGGUACCGACUGACGGACCGACGGGGCCAAGGGGAGAUCAUGGUUGCAGUCUGGAUGGGAACACAAGCAGACGAAGCAUUUCCUGAAGCUUGGCAUUCAGACGCUUCGUCUGCUCAUGGAGAGGGUGUUUUUAAUGUCAGAUCGAAAGUUUAUGUGUCACCGAAACUUUGGUAUUUGCGGGUGAACGUGAUAGAAGCUCAAGAUGUUAUCUCGAACGAUAGGUCGCGUGUUCCGGAUGUUUCCGUGAAGGCGCAAGUGGGAAACCAAACAUUGAGAACAAAGAUAAGUUCCGUACGUACAAUGAAUCCUCUAUGGAAUGAAGAUUUUGUGUUUGUUGCAGCCGAGCCAUUUGAGGAACAUUUGGUUCUCACUGUUGAGGAUCGGGUUCAUCCUUCGAGAGAUGAGGUUCUCGGGGCAUUGAGUCUACCGUUGACAAUGUUCGAGAAGCGACUUGAUCAUCGGCCGGUUCAUUCUCGAUGGUUCAAUCUUGAGAAGUAUGGACUCGGUGAAACUAGGUUUUCUAGUAGAUUGCAUAUUAGGGUUUGCUUAGAAGGGGGAUACCAUGUUUUAGAUGAAUCGACGUUGUAUAUAAGCGAUCAGCGACCGACCGCUAAACAACUAUGGAAGCAGCCGUGUGGUGUUCUCGAAGUUGGAAUUUUGGGCGCAGAAGGUUUGCUUCCGAUGAAGAUGCAUGAUGGGCGAGGUUCCACUGAUGCUUAUUGUGUGGCGAAGUAUGGACAAAAAUGGGUACGGACACGAACGUUUCUCGACACGUUGAACCCUAAAUGGAAUGAGCAAUAUACGUGGGAAGUUUACGAUCCGUGUACGGUCAUCACACUUGGUGUUUUUGACAACUGUCAUUUGGGAGCCGAGAAAUCAGAUACUGGACGAGAUUCAAGAAUCGGGAAGGUCAGGAUUCGGAUAUCAACUCUCGAAACUCAUCGAAUAUACACACAUUCAUACCCACUUCUCGUACUUCACCCCUCUGGGGUGAAAAAGAUGGGUGAGCUCCAACUUGCGGUUCGGUUCACCACGUUAUCACUAGCCAACAUGGUGUACAUCUAUGCACACCCUUUAUUGCCCAAGAUGCAUUACUUGAACCCGUUAACAGUUAACCAAGUCGAAACUUUAAGAUACCAAGCCAUGAACAUAGUGGCGGCACGUCUAGGUCGAGCCGAACCACCCCUUCGGAAAGAGGUAGUUGAGUACAUGUUAGAUGUUGAUUCUCACAUGUGGAGCAUGAGAAGAAGCAAAGCGAACUUCUUUAGGAUCAUGUCGUUGCUUUCAGGAUUAUUUUCUGUUAGUCGGUGGUUCAACAAUGUCCGAGAAUGGAAAAACCCGAUCACGACAGUCCUCGUUCAUAUCUUGUUUUUGAUAUUGUUGUGGUAUCCCGAGCUGAUACUUCCGACUAUCUGUCUCUACAUGUUCUUGAUCGGACUAUGGAACUAUAGGUUCCGAGCCCGACACCCGCCUCAUAUGGACCCAAAACUUUCAUGGGCCGAGGCAGUGCACCCUGACGAACUCGACGAAGAGUUUGACACUUUUCCAACAUCAAGACCGCCAGAUGUUAUCCGAAUGAGGUACGACCGGAUUCGAAGCAUUGCUGGGAGGAUUCAAACAGUGGUAGGAGAUUUGGCUACACAGGGAGAGCGGAUAGGGUCUUUACUUAGUUGGAGAGACCCUCGAGCCACAAGUCUCUUUGUCGUAUUUUGCCUUUGUUUAGCUGUUGUUCUUUACGUGACUCCUGUUAGGGUGGUGGCUUUAGGUGGGGGAUUAUACAUGUUAAGACACCCUAAGUUUAGAAGCAAGUUGCCUUCGGUUCCUGGAAACUUCUUUAAGAGACUUCCAGCUCAAACAGAUAGCUUACUCUAA